GCAGGCGCCGUGCGCAGAGGCGGGCGCCACCAAGCCGCUGCUUGCGCGCCCCCGCCCGGGGCUAUAAAAGCCUUGCCACCUGCUGUCCUAGCUACACCGCGCGUCCGUUUGCCUGGAGGAGCCAAGCUACGGUCUCUCGCGGCAGCUGGCCUGGAUAUGGACCCUGAGACCUGCCCCUGUCCUACUGGUGGUUCCUGCACCUGCUCGGACAAAUGCAAGUGCGAGGGCUGCAAAUGCACCAACUGCAAGAAGAGCUGCUGCUCCUGCUGCCCUGCAGGAUGUGAGAAGUGUGCCAAGGACUGUGUGUGCAAAGGUGACGAGGGCGCCAAGGCAGAGGCGGAGAAAUGCAGCUGUUGCCAGUGAGGACCGAGCCCCUCCUCCACCGACUAUGUAAAUAGCGCUGGGGAUCCGUGGUGGGGCAUGACUAUGGUCCCCUUCUCUGGCUGCUUGCUCGGGAAUGUGAAUAAAUCCCAUGCACAGCAUGAA